UGACUCAGUUUCAUCAGACCCAUUCGUGUCUCGGGUGUUCAUUCCCGUCAAGAAGUGCAUCCGAGUUCCGGGUCAAUGGCUGGCCGCCGCCGACGACAGCGCAGCAGCAACAAGCUCAAGCUCAAGACAGCGUCGAGGAGCGACAUCCCGUCAGGGCCGACGGGCGUCCACCAAAUCCCCGACCACCUCCUCGAGCUCGUGCUCCUCCGCGUCGGCUCUUCCGUCGCCCUUGUCCGUGCCGCCUUCACCUGCAAGCGCUGGCGCCGCCUCGUCGCGGACACGGCGUUCCUGGCCCGGUUCCGGUCCCUCCACCCAGCCCACGUCCCCGGUCACUACCACGUCGUCGACCGGCCCUACCGCGAGAAGCCGCGGCCAGACGGGAAGAAUCAGGUGUUCGUGCCGGACCCCUUGAGCUCGACUGCCGAUGCCAUCGACGGACGCCACUUCUCCCUCGAUUUCCUCCCGGAAUGCGAUGCCUCCUCGGCCUGGGAGCUCGCCGACAGCCGCGGCAGCCUCCUCCUACUUUACAAGACGAGAUCAGACUGGACGAGGCAGCUUCGCUUCCCGGACCUCCUCGUCUGCGAGCCGCUCUCGCGGCGGUGCCAGGGGAUCGCCUACCCGCCGGCGAUGCGCCUCCACCUGUGCUUCGGCGCGUUCCUGCUCGACGGCGGCGCCGUCGACGACACGGGUGGCUGCAUCGGGAUGUCAAACUUCCGGGUGAUCGUGGCGGUCUACGAGGACGUCGCGCAUUCCCGCGGUGCACCCCGGGCCUGCGUGUUCUCCUCGGGCGCCGACGGCGGUUGGAGCUUGGGGCAGCGCGCGGCCGGCGUCCCCCUCUCGGGAUUUGGCUUAAUCACUUACGUAGGGCGCACGCGCUGGUCGCGCUACUGGAAAAUGGAGCGCGGCGGCGUCGUGCUUUCUCUCGACGAGGCCACCGCGGAGUUCUCGCUCGUCAUGUUCCCGGAUACCGUCGUCGGGUGGCGGGACGAGUUUUCAACCUUUUGGGUCAUCGGCGGGGAAGACGGCGCGGUGCGUGUCGUCCGGAUGAUCAACAGAGACCUCACGGUCUUUGCGCAGCUCCAGGGCAGCGGCGAGUGGGUGACGGAGAAGGUCGUGAGGCUGCGGCCGGCCGACAUUGUCGCGGCCAAUGAGAGGUACAUCCUCUUGACGCCGAGGGGGGAGACCUGCCUUUUUUCUGUCGAGCUCGACACGCUGCAGGCGGAGAGUACGCACGAGAGGAACAGGUACGCGGGACCGGCGUACCCGUACGAGCUGCCAUGGCCACCGGCCUUGCAGGCCUGCUGUGCUGCAGAUGACCGGCGCCCAAGGAGAUGCCGCUGAUGUAUAUUAUGGAAUUUGUAUGGAGGGUUCAUAUAUACACCCUAUAUGUUAAUAACAAUAAUAAUUUAAUAAAAAAUUAG